GUGAUGCUGAGCCAAUGGAGAUACUCGUGCGAGAAGCAUCUGUCCGAAACCCAAACUAACCGCUGGCAUAACGCUACUGUCUCCGGUAUGAGAUGCGCGUUGAGAUGAAAAUCUGAUUGAAGUUUGAAGAAGCUCACUCUUAUUCACUGACUUUUGGAAAUUCGCUCGAGAAGGACAAAACAAGAAGGCCCUAACCUAUGCAACAGGUCUCUACUUAUAAAGAGCAAUGCAAGUCCCUCAGAUUCAGAUGGAAGAUUAUGGAAUGAGGAUGUAUGUGUGUGUGAGCAAGAGAGGAAGAUUCUAGAGAGGAAUGAGGAGAUGAGCUGUUGUACAGGAAGCUGUCUGAAGUGGUCCUGAUCAUUUUACUGGACUGUGGAUUAGUACAAUGGCGAUGCAGACUGGAGCUGAUGUUUAUCCCGUGGAUCUACUGGACAGCAUAUCCCAGUGACAUUAUCAUCUCCCACAAUUCCCAGGAGACUCUUCCUUCUGGAAUAAACUCUACAGCUAGGGAACUAGAGCUUAAACAUUUGGGAUUUUUCCCAUGUUUCUGACAUUAUCUGUAAGAAAUGAGACUGAGGCAUCUGUCUUUUUUCUCUACAUGGAGGAAAGUUAAGGGAAUUGUACUAAAGGCUGACCGACAGGAUUAAUUUUACUUACAAAACUGCUCCUUUACAUCUAAACCCAAAGAAGAGCCUGAUGGUGUCAUAUGAUCUGGACUGAUUGUACUCAGUCGGAGUGCCCAGCGGCAGAACUUUGGCUCCAGAUGAAACUGAUGUUUUUCCUGCAUAAUUCUUAGUCAGUCUGGAGUCGUUAGCCCUCCUGCACUGUGUGUUGUAGCAUGUGGCUUGGGCUCAACAUCCACAGCAUCUUAAUUACACAGCCGAACCAAUUUAGACCACGGAGGAAACAUCUCUACAUCUGGAGAUUGGCUGCCAUUUAGAGAUCUGCUUUCCUCUUUUUUUGUCAUACCUAUGCUAUUACCCAAAAGAUGCCCAAGAGAUCCUGCUGUCUCCCAAACAUGCACCUACGUCAGGCAUGAGGGUCACACUGACACUUUUGGCAGGGCUACAGAAAGGGAUCCAGCUACACGUUCCACGUGGAUAAAUUAGUUUAUUUCGUGUCGGAGUUACACAUUCUUUCCAUAUUUUUUACAACUGCACAGCUCGUGGAAGACGACGGGAAAGACUUAAAAGGGCCUGAUGCACCUUUUAAGAGCAGCGACAAAAAUGAAUAAAUCAUCAAGAGGGAGUGAGGGCUAGUUCUUCACAGACAGCGCUUAAGGAAACGCUCUCCCCCCCGCCCCCACCUGCCGGCUCUGAGCGUGCGAGAGCUAGAACUGAGGUCUCUGGCAGACUGACAGUUGCAGCCUCUCCUGCUCUCUAGCCUGGCGUUUUGUUGAUGCAUUUGCCUUGAUUUUCACGUUCCUCUGCCCUCCCUCUCCGUGCCCGUGUCAUGCUCUGUUGCCGGCGUGCCGUCCUGGAGCCAUGCCCAUCCCAGAGAUGGCUUUGAGCCCGGUGAAGUCUCUGUACUGGGAGGUGUUCCCCUCCAUGGCCAUGCAGCGGGUGUACUGCACGCCCGUGCUCUGGGCCGGGCGUCUCUAUGUGCUGGGGGGCUGCAGCGAGAACGGCCUCCCUUUGGACUCCGCCGAGGUGCUGGAUCUGGAGAGCCAGCGCUGGUGCGAGCUGCCCCCUCUCCCCACUGCUCGGGCCGGGGCAUCCGCCGUGGCCGUCGGAGACCAGCUGAUGGUCAUGGGAGGCAUGGAUGCGCAGCAGAGCCCACUGGCCUCGGUGGAGGUGUAUCACCCUGACGAGGGCAAGUGGGAGAGGAAGACGGGACUGGGGCAACCCUCCAUGGGCAUCACCACGCUGGAGAAAGAUGGCAAGGUGUAUGCAUUGGGCGGGAUGGGAGCUGACACGACCCCUCAGGCCUUGGUGAGGCUGUAUGAGCCGACAAAAGACCAAUGGCUGCCCCUCACCUCCAUGCCCACACCCCGCUAUGGAGCCUUCUCCUUCCUGCGCGGUAACAAGAUCUAUGUUCUGGGUGGGCGUCAAGGCAAAUUGCCAGUGACCGCAUUUGAGGCCUUCGACCUUGAGAUGAAGAGCUGGACUCGGUACCCGUGCAUCCCCAGCCGCAGAGCGUUCUCCUCAUGCGCGGCCAGUGACAGGGCGUUUUUCAGCCUGGGCGGCCUCCAGCAACCUGGACCCCACAACUUUUACUCCAGACCUCACUUCGUUUCCACUGUAGAGGAAUUUGAUUGUGAGCAAGGUGUGUGGUUGAAGGCCACGCGGAGCUGUCGCAUGAGAGAGAAGCGGGCGGACUUUGUAGCCGGCUGUCUCGGUGGACGGGUCAUCGCUGCGGGGGGACUCGGUAACCAGCCGUCCCCGCUGGCGUCAGUGGAGAGUUAUAACCAGCUGAAGAGGAGAUGGGAACCCGUGGCCCCGUUACCCAGCCCUCGCUGCUCCUGUGCCUCCAUUCAGACCCCCAACAUGCUGUUCCUCAUCGGAGGGGUGUCCCAAGGUCCCAGCAAUGCUGUGGAAGCCCUCUGUUUGAAAGAGACCGUCUGACACACACAUACACACACACACUAAUGGACAACUAUAACAAAUCCUCACAUGCUGUACUUUCCAGAGUGUAGGCUCUGCAAACACACACACACAUACUGACGUCAAGUUGACGCGUGUGUCUCUGACAAAUAUUCACAGACUUUCCCCUCAGAGGACGCAUCAGCUUUAUACUUUGAAUAGUGGAGACAAUCUACUGGAGCUUGGACAGCGUUCCACACCUCUGGACAAAAGAGUUUUGGACUGGAGAUCUAAGACAAGCAAAAAAUACACAAGUAUAUUAAUUAAUUGAACAAUAUUCAUAUAUAUAUAUAUAUAUAUAUAUAUAUAUUAAUAUAUUGUUAUAAUAAAUAUAUAUCAUAUUUAUUAACAUAUAGAAUAACAAAAAACAAAUAUAUAUAGAUAUAGAUAUAUAUAGAUGUGCAGACCUAUACAGACAGGCACACGCAACAGUCCAGGCGCCUUUGAACUGUACAGCAUUUUCAGUAUAAAAGCAGGGUAAUUUUCUGGCAAACUAAAGAGGAACUUAGGGCCAUAUCCACCACGCUGCCACAGCACCCGUCUGAGGUAGCAUGUUUAGCACUUUUUGUACUAUUGACAAACAGAGAAUCUUCUGCGCGAGACUUCAGAAGUGGGAGGCGGAUGCGUGUACGUGUGUGUUUUUGUACCUUCACAGCCAUGAACGUGUGAAAUAGAGCAUUGUUAUGAGUGGAAAGAGCAACUUAUAAUGGCAAAUCACUGAUGCCUCACUGUAGCAUGAGACAGGGGAGAAGGAUGACAAUGUGGUUAAUCUUGCUGGUUAAUUAAAGGAAUGUUCCGGGUUCAAAACAGCUUAAGCUUGAGAGUAUUUGUGACAUACUGUUGAUUAGCACAUACAAUAAUUUUCAUGUGUCCAUCAGUUAGUAAAAACAAGCAAAUGUGUUUACAGUAAGCCGUGUAUCCACCAAAGCUGUUUUUUUCCAGCGGCUAGCACACUUAUCCAAUUGUUUUCAAUGGGAGCGGCGCAUUUUCUUAAACGCCAGGAGCGGAGGCGCUGAGCGCUCGGCGUUUUUUACUAGUCGCCUCGAGUUGAGAGAAGAACGUUCAACUUUGAGUAAAACGCUGCGCACCUCAUCACUGUCACUUUUUAGUCAGCCGUCCAAUCAGAAUAGAGAAGGGGCGGGACAAAUAACGAACUCUGACCAACUGUCACAACAUUCUUGCUGUACAACGACGUUAACAAGCAGAGAACGGAAAAACAUACAGACGUGGACAAAAUUGUUAGUACCCUUGAUAAAUAUGAUUAAAGAUGACUGUAAAAAUAAAUCUGCAUUAUUUAUCCUUUUGAUCUUUAAUUCAUAAAAUUAGCAAAAAUCUAACCUUUCAUUGAAGGAAAAGAAUUCAAAGUGGGGGGAAUUUCACAUUAUGAAAUGAAUGUUUUUCUCCAAAACACACUGGCCACAAUUAUUGGCACCCUUUUAUUCAAUACUUUUUGCAACCUCCUUUUGCCAAGAUAACAGCUCUGAGUCUUCACCUAUAAUGCCUGAUGAGUUUGGAGAACACCUGACAAGAGAUCAGAGACCAUUUCUUCAUGCGGAAUCUCUCCAGAUCCUUCAGAUUCCCAGCUCCAUGUUGGUGCUUGUUCUCUUCAGUUCACUCCACUCAUUUUCUUUAGGGCUCAGGUCAGGGGACUGGGACGGCCAUGGCAGAAGCUUCAUUUUGUGCUCAGUGACACAUUUUUGUGUUUGUUUUGGAUCAUUGUCCUGAUGGAAGAUCCAGCCACGGCCCAUUAUUGGAUUUCUAGCAGAAGUGGUCAGGUUUAGAUCUUUUUAAUCUGUUGGUAUUUGAUAGAAUUCAUGAUACCAUAUAUCUGAACAAGAUGUCCAGGACCUCUGGCACAAAAAUAAUUAAAGAUCCAGCAGUAUAUUUAACUGUGGACAUGGGGUACUUUUUAUCCAUGUGUGCACCAAACCCAUCUGGUGGGUUUGCUGCCAAAAAUCUCUUUUUUUUUUAGUUUCAUCUGACCAUAGAAGCCGGACUCGUUUGAAGUUCCAGUCGUGUCUGACAACUGAAUAUGCUGGAGAUUGUUUCUGGAUGAGAGCAGAGGAUUUUUCUUGAAACCCUCCCGAACAACUUGUGGGGAUGUAGGUGCUGUUUGAUCUUUUUUUUUUUUUUUUUUGUCUUUCUGAGACUGAAGAUUAAACUAAUCUCUGCAAUUCUCCAGCUGUGAUCCUUGGAGAGUCUUUGGCCACUCAGAUAACAAUAAUUGUGGCCAACGUGUUUUGGAGAAAAACAUUUAUUUCAUAAUGUGAUUUUCCCCCCACUUUCAAUUCUUUUCCUUCAAUGAAAUUUUUGCUAAUUUUAUAAAUUAAAGAUCAAAAGGAUAAAUAAUGCAGAUUUAUUUUUACAGUCAUCUUUGAUCAUAUUUAUCAAGGGUACCAACAAUUUUGUCCACGUCUGUACAUAGCAAAUACUCUACAUUGUGUCGACAUUUUUAGUCUGAAGCAAAUUAUCUGCGAAAUCGGUUAGCAACAAAGCAUCUCAACUGAAAAAAAACAACAAUAAAACGCUGCGCUGCCGCUCUCAAGUGCUCACAGAUAGGCGUUUUCAGCAGAGCGUCUAGCAUUUUUAGCCAGCUUUGGUGGACACACGAACUAAUGCUCUUAUAAUUUUGUAGGUAUAUUGGGCAAAUUUAAACAUUUUGUAAAUUAUUUAAAGACUUAUUCCUGUGAUGGCAAAGCUGAAUUUUCAGCAUCAUUAACAUUACUCCAGUCUUCAGUGUCACAUGAUCCUUCAGAAAUCAUUCUAAUAUGCUGAUUUGCAUUUUCGAAAGUCCUUCGAGGUUCGAAAAUGCCGGCGUAGUGUAAAUGACAGGCGUAACCGUGGCAAAACUUAUACGUUUUAAAACAAAGACGCACUAGUGUAAACAGGGCCAUAGUAUGGGUACGUCUGAUUUUUAGAACACCAGCCAUGCCGGAAUUUGAAAAAUUCGAUAUAAAGUUUUUUAGACUUAUGUUAGCAUAUAUUGUGGUUAAUUUUUAUGGUUAUACUUUUGAAACUGUCUCUUUUAAUAGUCAUCCAGACUGAUCACUGUAAGUGCAUUACUGUAAACAUGUAUCAUAUUUGUUUGUACUAGCUGAUGCACUUGUUUUCUUGGUUAAGUAAACUUGUAUUGAAUACAGAACAUUCUUUUAAUACCAGUGAAGUUUGGAGAGAGGGAAAGUCUGAUAGUGUUCCUUUUUCUGGAGUGAGCUGUAUGCGGAAAACCUUGACACUAAAAUAUUCGACACUCAGCACGUUAAACACACAGGAAAUGUGUUCGGCGAUCAAGUUCACAUGCAGUGAUAUUCAUAUUUAAUUAAAAGCUUUUUCUUCAGGGUAAGAGCUAAUUAAAUCUAGUCAAAGUAGUUGCAAUUCAAGGCUCACAUUAACCGUUUCUGAGUGACCCAUUUACAGGACGAGAGAUGAACGCUCUCAGGAGACGUGGAGGAGGACAGAGGGCUCACUUCCUGUAAUUUGUGAUGAGAUAAAACCCUUGACGUAGACCUCAUAUGCCUCAUUUUCAGUUCACUGGUGCCCUGUGAGGGUCUUGUAUUGCCCCCACUGAUGAUUUGACAUGGGUAUCGGGUCACUGAGCUCACUUUCAACAGAAAUCAUAUAUGUCAGGAAUUCACAUUGCUUAGGGUGGAUGCACUAAAUUCAGGUGCAUCUUCACUAGGAGAGGUCAGUAUGGGUUUGAUUUAUCUGGUCUGUGCGUGUUUGUAUAAAUAUGUGCACCCACACACCGAUUAUCAUCUGAUCUCAGAUGGUUUGCUGACCUGUUGUUAUUGGGUGAUAUGAUGCCUGAGGGCACAAUAAGACAUUCAUACAUAUUCAUACUGACCGUUGUUUUGAGUGCAAAUGGCUGUUUGUGUGGGGGGGUUUUUUUGGGAUAAAUAAAGGGAUAGUUCACCGAAAAAUGAAAAUUUUGUCAUCAUGUCUCACCCUCAAGUAGUUCCAAACAAAGGAAGAUACAUGUGACCCUGGACCACAAAACCAGUCAUAAGUCACACAGGUAUAUUUGUAGCAAUAGCCAACAAUACAUUGUAUGGGUCAAAAUUAUAAAUUUUUCUUUUAUGCCAAAAAUCAUUAGGAUAUUAAGUAAAGAUCAUGUUCCAUGAAGAUAUUUUAUACAUUUCCUACCAUAAAUAUAUCAAAAAUGUAUUUUUGUGAGUGGAUAUGCCUUGCUAAGGACUUCAUUUGGACAACUUUAAAGGCGAUUUUCUCAAUAUUUAGAUUUUUUUGCUCCCUCGCAUUCCAGAUUUUCAAAUAGUUGUAUCUCGGCCAAAUAUUGUCCUGUUCUAACAAACCAUACAUCAAUAGAAGGCUUAUUUAUUCAGCUUUCAGAUUAUAUAUAAAUCUUAAUUUCAAAAAAUUGACCCUUAUGACUGGUUUUUGUGGUCCAGGGUCACAUAUUUGGAAGAAUGUCAGUAACCAAACAGAUCUCGCCCCCCAUUUACUACCAUAGUAGGAAAAAUAAGUACAAUGGUAGUCAAUGGGGGGAGAGAUCUGCUUGGUUACCGACAUUCUUCCAAAUAUCUUUGUGUUCAGCAGAACAAAGAAAUUCAUACAGGUUUGGAACUACUUGAGGGUGAGUAAAUGAUGACAAAAUUUUCAUUUUGGUGGGGAACUAUCGCUUUAAGUACUGAAUGUCAGUUUGGUUUACAUUCAACAUUAAAAUGCCUCGUAGAAACCUAAGAAUCAAAAGAACAACACAUUCAAUCCACAUACUUGUUUUAGAUUUAUGCCUCCCCAAUGACUGUAAUGAUGUGCUGGCUGACGGCGGUCUUGUGCAUCAUUUCACAGUGGAAACUACAAAUAGAUGGAUAUUUAUGCCUGUACGAAGCCAUGACAGUCAUCCUGCUCACAGACAACAGAGGACUGGAAGAUGUGUGACAACGUCAGAAGAUGAGCUUAGAGAGUUUUAUUUGAAUUUUAAUUCGGCCUCAUUAAUGUAGGCUCUACUGCAGGCUAACUCAGAUGGCGAAUUCAUUUUUACUUUGCUUUAUAUGAGGUUAAAUGUCACAGCGGUUCAAAUCUGAAACACCCUCCAGCACGGCAGAAGACGACAAUGUGUGAAUAGAUGAUCUAAGGGAAAGAGAUAAUGCCAAGAGAAAUAUACCUCUAUUUUUUCUUGUCUACGAAUUCUGCAACAAGACACAUGACACAUUUUUCGUUUUCACUCGAGUCUCGUUUCUGCUGCCUCUAAGAAAUGGGAACGCUGAACGUCUUUACUUAUGAGAAAACGUCUCGAGAUGUUAAACAGCUCUGGUGAAUGAGGGGCUUCAGUGGGUGAAGUAAGCUUAUAUUUUCAUAUCUAGAGGUGCGAAAUGUUUUACUCGAGUUUAUUUCAGAGGUGUCGUUCAGACCUCUCCACAGUGCUUUAAAUUACUUUAGGGAAUUCAAAUCAUUGGACUCUGGGCUUUUUUUAUUAUACAAACAUGUUCGAAUGCAUUUCGUCUUUUACCCUUAUUUGUAUGUAAAUCACUUUGGAGUAAACGCUGUGUAUGAUCACCUAAACUCUUAAGUAGCAAUUGUUUUGCAGUGAUUUUUCAUGUUUCUCCAUGUUCUGAAUAUUCUCUGUGGUGGGUUGUUAAAAUAAUGCAGUUCUUCAGUGUUUCGUGGGUUAACAUGUUUGUUUUGUUGAUUUGUGAGGUGACAGGUUGUCAUGUUGAUUUAUAAUCUGAGGAGCUGUAGAGAUGGUCUGUUGUUUCAAUAUGAUGUUGUGCCGUCAUAUAGUGGUGUACUAGUGGUAGCUGAUGGCCUCUGACAGUCUUCAAUAUGCAGUGCCGAUAUUCUGGGCGUAUUUCAGCUUCUGACUCAUAAUCUCCAUAAGAAAUCAAUCAAAAUCCACAUUAUUUCACUGCAUAAUCUCUAAUCUAGACUGAUAAGUCUUGGUUUUAGCCCUGAGCAGAAAAUGCAAUUUUAGUUCAUGUUUUUCCACAUCUGAAAUAUUGCCAUGGAAGAUCGUUUCACACUGAGGUAGAUGAGCAGAGACACACGGACGGCCCAGGGGAACUCACAGUGUCCCAUGAGAUUACACUGCACCCAUCCACACAGCGAAAGCUGUUUUACCCUCUAGCGUACUGUUGUCGACCACGCACUGAUUCAACCUCUGUUGUUACACUUUGAAAAACAGGUAACUGUUAUCCACGUUUAUUCUGUGAAGAACUAUGGGACAGUAGAAUUGAUGCUGUAUGAGCACUGUAGGCAUGAACCUGUGUGAGAUGGGACAAGAUUUAUUCAUAACUAGGCUGUUUAUUGAAGCUUUAUAUAAAACUGCUAACAUUCGAGUCUCAUUUACAUGUCUUAGAGGGAUAGUUCAACCAAAAAAAGAAAAUUCUCUCAUUUACCCUGAUGUUAUCUGGAUGGCUUAGUUUAUUCUGUGGAACAGAACUGUUUUUGUCUGUACAAUGGGGUCCAAAAGUUGAAUUGUUUUAAAACUCAAGAGUGAACAUUUUUUCAAAAUAUCUUUAUUUCAUGUUCCACAGAACAAAGUUGUACAGAUUUGGAAUGGCAUAAGGGUGAGUAAAUGAUGACACAAUUUUCAUUUUUGGGUGAACUAUUUUGUUAAAGGUGCUGUACUGUAAGUGCUAGUGUUCCAGUAUUUUGCUAAUUUCAACCACACAAUCUGUUGAAAAUCCUCUACCGUUCAAAGCCAUGAACGUACAAAGUGAUUGGCAGAGUCUAACUGGAUAAAAUAGCGCAGGACACCCCCUUAAUUUUUUUUUUUUUUUUUUUUUUUCUGUCACAGAGACAGGUGUGAAAUCUCAGGACACCUAUUUCAGUGAUAUCUGUCAGAUUAUAGUUACAUUUUCAGGUGUGGUAUUCCCAAAAUUGCUUACAGCACCUUUAAUGUUGUCAUCAGAAUGAAGAAUAGUUUGAAAGCAAUAUAUAAAAUGCACAGAUUAUCAGUGAAAUCUCUGGCACUGGUUAAAGCCCCCAUUGUAUGUUAGCUGAGAUUUGAGCUGCAUAUCACACUUCACUUGAAACUUAAUAGAUGGGUUGACAUGGUUUGGAUUUAUAUCUGAAUUGUGUUGAAUCGUGUUGACACACAAUUGCGAGUCCAGUUCAGUAGUUCAGUGCCUAUAUAUGUGAGGUAGUGCCUCUACUGCGAUUUCUGUAAUAAACUCUUUGAACAUUUCUAUGUGA